CGUCUCACUCAUAAUUGGAAUUGACGUUUGCCAUCGGGUGUCCGUAGAUAACACUGGCAUGUCACACUGUUGCAUCUGUUAUCAGCAGGCUUACCGCUGACCCUCCGUUUAUGUGUGCAAGACCCAGCAUAACCUGUCACCACGUGUCAACAACAAAACAUUUUACAAGCUAAAGCCCUGUUUGGUUGCACAGAGGCUUCUCAGUGGAGUAGAGGGUUGGGAAAGGUCUUACAGAGGGGGUUAUCCUGGAAUUCAGUGUCUUUUGGAAGAGGUCAACCUGUUACAGGAUGUGUCUGAGAGGGUUGAAGCCGUGGGUCUCAUGCUGCACCCCGUGGAGAAUUAAACGUGUCUAUCACAUCAGAGGAGAGAAAGUCAUGCAGAAGAUUGAGAUGUUUAGACGGUGCACAGAAUGUUUAAAAAAGAAAAAGGAAAAAAGGAUGGAGGCCUCGUGUCUGGAACUGGCUCUGGAAGGUGAGCGUUUGUGUAAAGUGGGAGAUUACCGUGCUGGUGUCUCCUUUUUAGAAUCAGCCAUCCAGGUGGGCACUGAAGACCUGCAGAUUUUGAGUGCUAUCUAUAGUCAGCUGGGCAAUGCCUACUUCCACCUGCACGACUACAACAAGGCGCUGGAAUACCAUCGGCAUGACCUCACGCUCACCAGAACUAUCAGAGAUCAGCUGGGAGAAGCUAAAGCCAGUGGUAACCUUGGAAACACAUUGAAGGUUUUGGGUCGCUAUGAUGAAGCAGCAGUUUGUUGCCAAAGACACUUGGACAUUUCCAGGAUGCUCCAUGAUAAGGUGGGGCAGGCCAGAGCGCUCUAUAAUUAUGGGAAUGUGUACCACGCCAAGGGGAAGAACAUAUGUUGGAGCGGUGUGGACCCUGGAGACUUUCCCGAGGAGGCACACAUCGCUCUAAAGAAAGCAACCGAGUACUACGAGUGAGCGAAUCUGGCCAUUGUGAAAGAGUUGGGGGACAGAGCGGCACAGGGCAGGACCUACGGUAACCUUGGCAACUCACACUAUUUGCUCGGAAACUUCCAGGAUGCUGUUCUGGCUCAUGAACAGUUUGAAGCUGCAGCUGAACAUUACAAGCGGACACUGCAGUUGGCGCGGCAGCUGAAGGACAGGGCCGUGGAGGCUCAGGCCUGCUACAGUCUGGGCAACACCUACACGCUACUGCAGGACUAUGAGAGAGCCAUAGACUCUCACCUCAAACAUCUUAUCAUAGCUCAGGACCUCAAGGACAGGAUUGGAGAAGGGAGGGCAUGCUGGAGUUUAGGGAACGCCUACACCGCACUGGGAAACCACGAGCAGGCCAUGAGCUUUGCUGAAAAGCAUCUGGAGAUCUCCAAAGAGAUUGGAGACCGUAGUGGGGAGCUGACGGCUCGAAUGAAUCUAUCUGAUCUGCAGUUAGUUUUGGGUCUGAAGCAGAACAAUUCAAACAUGAGCAGCUCUGCCUUCAUCGAGAGUCCGCCCGGUGACAGCAGUCUGCCUGAUGGAAAAUCCAGAGGAAGCCGGAGACUCAGCAUGGAGAACAUGGAGCUCAUGAAACUCAGCUCUGACAAAAAUACGGGCCAGACCUGUGAGGAGACUACAACCCCUCAGCAAGCCAAAUCGCCAACCAAAUCAUCCAUAGCCAAGACAUCUUCUAAACUUUUCUUCAUCAAUCGCUUCAGGAGCAAAAAACACAGGAUGAAUGGAUCAAACUCCAGUCCACCAGCUGAGAAUCGCAGCAGCCCACCUUCAGCCUGUCUGGACAAACAGUACACCCCAGACACUCUGGGUGACGACAGCUUUUUUGAUCUUCUGAGCCGUUUUCAAGGAAACCGCAUGGAUGACCAGAGGUGCUCAUUACAGGACGGCCUAAGCCGUGUUCCCGCCCCUUCCGUUCCCUGUGAAACCCCACCUGUAGCCCUGAAGAAAUCUAUUUCCGCAUCCGGAGCGGAGGCCUCGGCACAGCCUGGCCAUCUCCUAGACCUGCUGGCCAACUCACAGAGCCGUCGGCUGGAAGAGCAGCGGGCCAGUGUGGACAGUCUCCCGGGUCUCCGGCUGGACCAGCGCCACAGCCAGGAUGUUCUCAGCAAACUCAUAGCCUCAGCCGAUAACAAAGAACCAGAUGAAGACUUCUUCGACAUGCUGAUUAAGUGCCAGGGAUCCAGACUGGAUGAUCAGAGAUGUGCUCCUCCACCUCCUCCCACCAGAGGCCCUACAGUCCCAGAUGAAGACUUCUUUAGCCUCAUCCUUCGCUCCCAGGCCAAACGGAUAGAUGAGCAGAGAGUCAUCUUAUCAUCAGACAGAAGACCCCUUCAGACCAAUCCUGAAUGACCUGUUCUUUAUGAAGUCAGAAUACUAUUUUAGGACCUUGUAACCUCACUGAAGUCUUACUCAUGAAUCAAUGCCUUGUUGAAAAUCAGAUCCUACAAGAUGAUUUCUCUUCUCAUUUAACAAGAUUUUUGAAUCUUGAGAUGCAUGAAGUCCUUUCAUUCUUCCUACUACCGUGAUCUGAACUGGAUUCAGAUGUUUCUGUGCAGAAAAGACCAAGACCACAGUCUCUUUCUCAGGGAUUCAGUACAAUGCACUGAAUGCAUUUCAUUCACCUGGAUAACUGGAUGGACUUUAUCAGCGGUAGUUUAGGAUGUCAGACCAUUUUAUAUAUUUUUAACACUAAAUGUAGUAUCAGUUCUAUUUUGAUUCUUUCUUUGACUUGUAAUGUUUUAUGUUAUCUGUUUAAUACCAUCAAAGCAAUACUCUAUAUUAAUGUUCUAAGGUUUCAGAAACAAGCAGUCUGCAAAAGUUUGGAUUUAUAUGAAUAUAAAAUUCUGUUCUGGAAAUUAUAUGUCAAGAAUGUAUUACUAAAUGAAGAGGAAUAAAGCCUCAUUUUAAUAGACCUGCUCAAUAACACAU